AUGUAUAUAUGUAUAGAGCUCUCGCCUUUGAUCAAUCACCGAGGAUGCGCUAGGCAUUCGACUUCAUUAAAAAAAUUGAUUGCAGGGUCGUGGUAUUCGAGCAAUCCUAAGGAACUCGAUCGUCAAAUAAGUCGAUGGUUGGACGGAGCUGGCGAUCGUGUUGGGGUAGCUAGAGCAAUCGUAUCACCUCAUGCUGGCUACUCGUACUGUGGUGAUACUGCAGCUCAUGCUUUUAAACAAAUCGUCGACCGUGUGUUUGUGUUAGGACCAUCACAUGUUGUGUGUCUGAACGGAUGCGCCAUUACUACGUGUAGUAAAUACCGCACGCCCAUCGGCGACUUACACAUUGAUAUGGAAGUGAAUGACGAGCUGCGAGCUACUCGGCAAUUUGACCUCAUGGACCGAAGUGAUGAGGAGGCGGAGCAUAGUAUUGAAAUGCAAAUGCCGUUCAUCGCAAAAGUUAUGGAAAACAAUUCGAAUGUAACUGUUAUACCGGUUCUGGUUGGAUCGUUGACAUCGCCAAAACAACAGGCGUACGGCAAAAUCUUCGCAAACUACCUUGAGAACCCACGGAACCUUUUUGUCAUAUCGUCCGAUUUUUGCCAUUGGGGGAAUCGUUUUCACUUCGCUCCUCAUAAUCCAAACAGCGGCCUUCCUAUAUAUGAGCAGAUCACCCAGCUAGAUAGAGAUGGUAUGGAUGCCAUAGAGACGUUAAAUCCACAAACAUUCAAUGACUACCUCAAGCGAACACAAAAUACCAUUUGUGGACGUAAUCCUAUCACAGUUCUGCUUCAGGCUGCGGAGCACUUCAGAAUGAUGAACAAUCAUACUCACGAGUUUCGUUUUUUAAAGUACUCUCAGUCUAACAAAGUGAGUGGUCAUUUCUUUUAA